GGGGAGGUGGGAGGGGUUGAUUCUAUGCCCUGCUCGCCCGGACCCCGUCUCAGGACGCUGUCCGCUCUCCGCAGGACGGUGUUCACGGCCCAUCAGCUGGAGGAGCUGGAGAAGGCGUUCAACGAAGCUCACUACCCCGACGUCUACGCUAGGGAGAUGCUGGCGGUGAAAACGGAGCUGCCCGAGGAUCGCAUCCAGGUUUGGUUUCAGAACCGAAGAGCCAAGUGGCGGAAGCGGGAGAAGUGCUGGGGCCGGAGCAGCGUGAUGGCUGAGUACGGCCUGUACGGAGCCAUGGUGCGGCACUCCAUCCCUCUGCCCGAGUCCAUCAUCAACUCUGCCAAGAGUGGGCUGGUGGGAUCCUGCGCCCCGUGGCUGCUGGGCAUGCACAAGAAGUCCAUGGAGGUGAGCAGGAAGGCAGAGAGCCAGGAGAAGCCGACAGAUGGCUGGCAAGCAGAGCAGGAUGGAGAGGAACUUCAAGGGAAGCAGGCCAGUUCCCAGAGGAGCUCCGAAAAGCUUGGCCCUGCGAAAGAUCCUGAAGACACAGCCAUCGACCUCUCCAGGACAGCCAAGCAGGAGAAGAGAAGCGUACUGAGGCAGUGCGUCAAUGGGGAGCCCACCACGGAGAAGGACAGGGACCACUGAGCUUGGGCAGCUCCGGAAGAGGCUAGAGCUCACAGCUUUCUGGGGAGAUCAGAAUAUUUAUUGGUUUAUUGAUAUAUCUCUAUAUUUUUCUGAAAUAAUUGAACUUCUAUCUGAAUUCAGGGCAUUUUAAAACUGGAAACCUUCCUCCCGACCCUGUCCCCUCACUUGUCAGCAGAGCACAGGUGAAGCCAGGGUGGAGCGUGGGAGAUGUGUUCCAAUACAGCCGAAAGCAGUGUGAAAACAGGACCAUCCUUUGGGUGGCACAGAUGGCUGCUCAGGAAGAGCCCCCCUUCUCCUCUGGGAUGUGUCCCGGGCUAUCCAACAGCACAAACAGCAGGAGUGACAUGGGAACCGCUCUGAUACCCAGGUGCAGAGAUAGUGCGGGUCAUGGAUGCCUUCUCUGAGCACUUCCAUCCCUGCACAGCACCCAUGUGGUGGUUCCCUCUGCUUCAGGCACGUGAUUCUUCCACCUCAAGGAGCAGCAGGGCUUUUAAACAUGGUAGGGUCCAUCCUCAGGCAGGUGUAACUAGACCACUUUAUACCUCCUGAGGAUCUGGCCUGCCAAUGCAGCCUUACCACUGGAUUUACACUGUGUAGCUUCCUUAACUCAUGUUUAGGAGAAGGGGGUAAAAACAUUUUUGCUUAUGCAAUGAUUUUGUACACUCUUGAAUGUUAUCUUCCGUACUAUGCAUAAUAGAACAGAAAACCAAGCCAUAGCACCCUGGAACAAUUGAACAGUCUUGGGAACUGACAUAAGAGAAUACUUUGUAAUUGUCUGUAAAUAGUGUAAUGUCAGAGCUGUUUCUUGGUCGUCCUAUAUUUAUGUCUUACAAGCACUUUAGUGAUCUGGAUUUUUGAAUGUGGCUGUUCCUGUUUUGUCCACCAUUUAUUUAUUACACAUCUUAAGUAAAAUUGUGGCAUAUCUUUUGUUUUCAUGCUCCUCAUUGGUGAUUUUUCAGUUUUACUUUGGUGGACGUCACUGUAGUUGCCAGCUUUGAGAAGAUCCUGCACAGACCCAUGUCUGUGUGAGUUGGUCACCCCCCUGAGGCUGUGCAGUUACCCAGGGAAGCAGAGCAAAGCCCUCAUGUGUUUUCCCCCAAGCUGAGUUCCAAUUCAGCAGACUCUACAUGCCUAUGUUGCUCGUCAAAGACCCAUGCCCAUCCAGAAAUUCCCAAUGCACAGGAAGGUGCAAAGUUGGGCUCUGUGUCCCUUGUGGUUAAACAUAAGGAGCUUGCUUUGGGUUGGGUGAAUGGAUGGUGGAGGCACCUGGGGGGUGCACCUCAGCCUCCCUGGCAGAUGUGCUGAGCAGGAUGGUACCGGCAGCCCCUGAUCAUCUGCAGCCACAUGCAAGGGUGUUGUGGCCAUUUAGGUGCUCAGACUCGAGCUGCAACUGGUCCUCCUCACUGCCAUGUCAAGUUGGCCCAGACGUGCACUAUGACAGCUCUCCUGGAACACUUCCAGCUUUCUCUGCUGGCCAAAACCUAACUGAAAAUUAUCAGAAGGUUUUAUUACAAUCUGAGU